AUGUUUAUGUCCGGAUUUCUAAUCUUCUCUCCUGAAAUAUCAGCUAGAAUGACUCCGCAAGAGGAGCGAGAGAGCGCUCGCGGCGCUGAGAUCGCGGACGCCUUCGAGGACGACAUGUUUGGCCCUUCGCGCACCGAGCCCGCCGUUGCACGACCCAAACUCUCCAUGAUCUCGGCACGACUGCGCGCUAACGAGGAACGCAAGCGUGUCAUUGAAAUAUGCUCCCAGAAAUUAGAAAACAUCGAAGACCCCGCGCGUGACCUUCGCCGUUCCGUCUGUAUCAACAACACGUACUGCCGUCUAAGCGAGGAAGCCCGCAAGGAGAAGGAAGCCAGGCGCAGACGCGCCAGGGAGGAAUGCGACGAUUCCUGGAUCGGCAAGAAGGCCCGUCGCGCUGUUGAGGACGAAUGCCUGGCUCUCUUAGACGCCAUCCCAGAGUUGGGGGACGCGAACCUUGGUUGCGCACAGCUGGCGCGACAGAUGCCACGGCAGGACGUCCUUCUGCCCCCCGGCCUACUCACGGUUUUGGACUCAUGA